AUGCCAGCCACCAACCAGGGCUGGCCGGAGGACUUCGGCUUCCGGCUGGGCGGCUCCGGCCCUUGCUUCGUCCUGGAGGUGGCCGAGGGGAGCAGCGCGCACGCCGGGGGGCUGCGGCCCGGGGACCAGAUCCUGGAGGUGGAGGGGAUGGCCGUGGGGGGCCUGAGCCGCGAGCGCCUGGUGCGCCUGGCACGGCGUUGUCCCCGGGUGCCACCCAGCCUGGGUGUGCUCCCGGGCCCCGAGGGUGGCCCUGCUCUGCUGCGCCUGGCCGGCCGCCAGCGCCCUGACGCCGCGGUGCAUCGAGAGCGCAGGCGCAAGGCCCAGGAGUUCAGCCGCAAGGUGGAUGAAAUCUUGGGGGACCAGCCCAUUGCCAAGGAGCAGGUGUUCAUCGCUCUAAAACAGUUUGCAGCUGAACAGCGGGUGGAUGAACUGGUGUGGGCUCUCACCUUGGCGCUGCCCGGAGAGGCAUGGGGGCCACUCCUGGAUAACCUCAGGAUCUUCAUCCCCAAGAAGCACCGGGCGCGCUUCGACGAGGUGGUGUCGCAAGGUCUGCUGGGCAAGCUGUGCCGCGCGCGAAGGGCGCAGGGCGCGCAGCGACUCCGCCGGAGCCGCAGCGAGGAGCGGCCCGACCGCCCCCGCGCAAGGCCGCCUCGCUACUGGGUGGCCGCGUCGGGGCCGGGGGAGCGCGCAGGUAUCCAGGGCGCCGAGAUACACGGGGAGGGCACCCGAGAAGGGCAGGGGAGGACUGUCCGAAUCUACAAGGGUAACAAGAGCUUCGGCUUCACGCUGCGCGGCCAUGGGCCUGUAUGGAUUGAAUCUGUCCUGCCUGGCAGCCCAGCUGACAAUGCUGCUCUCAAGUCAGGUGACCGGAUCCUCUUCCUCAAUGGACUGGACAUGAGGAACUGCUCUCAUGACAAGGUGGUGUCUAUGCUGCAGGGCAGUGGCGCAAUGCCCACGCUGGUGGUGGAAGAAGGGAUCGUCCCGUUUGCCAGUGACUCUGAUUCCUUGGACUCCCCCAACCGGUCGUCAGCGCUCACGUCCCUGCAGUGGGUGGCGGAGAUCCUGCCUUCCAGCAUCCGGGUCCAAGGGAAGACCUUCAGUCAGCAACUGGAGCAUCUGCUCACGCCCCCCGAACGCUAUGGGGUCUGCCAUGCCCUUGAGAGCUUCUUCCAGCACAGGAAUAUAGACACCCUCAUCGUUGAUGUCUACCCUGUGCUGGACACACCUGCCAAGCAGGUGCUUUGGCAAUUCAUCUAUCAGUUACUGACCUAUGAAGAACAGGAACUCUGUCAGGAGAAGAUUGCAUGCUUCCUGGGAUACACAGCUAUGACAGCAGAGCCUGAGUCUGACCUAGAUCUGGAGCCAGAACCCACGCCAGAGCCCACACCAGAGCCCCAGCCACGGAGCUCCCUGAGGGCCUCCUCCAUGUGCCGCCGCAGUCUCCGCUCCCAGGGCCUGGAAGCCAGCCUCAGCUGCGGUCCCAGUGAAUGCCCAGAGCUGCCUCUUCCUCUGAUCCCAGGAGAGCGCCAGGCAGGUGAUGGCACCUCCCUCCCUGAGACCCCCAAUCCCAAGAUGAUGUCAGCCGUCUAUGCAGAGCUUGAGUCUCGACUAAACAGCAGCUUCAAAGGAAAGAUGGGGACUGUGUCCACAUCCCGGGCCUCUCCGCCAGGCCCCAGCCUGACCAGCACAGCAGGACCCAGGACUCUAUCCACCAUCUCAUGGCCAAGCGAGCGGCUUCUGUCUUCCCCCUGCUACGACCCACUGUGCACUGGAGGCCUGGCAUCCCCCAGCAGCUCCGAGUCUCACCCUUACGCCAGCCUGGACAGCAGCAGAGCACCCUCCCCACAGCCAAGCCCUGGGCCAGUCCACCCGGACAGUCCCCCGAGCCCUGACCCUGCACGAUCGUCCAGCCGCAGGAAGCUCUUCACCUUCUCGCGGCCCAUGCGUAGCCGGGAUACCGACCGCUUUCUGGAUGUGCUGAGCGAGCAGCUGGGUCCCCGGGUCACGAUUGUGGAUGACUUCCUGACCCCUGAGAAUGACUAUGAGGAGAUGAGUUUCCAUGACGACCAGGGCAGCUUUGUGACCAACGAACGGAGCAGCGCCAGCGACUGUAUCAGCAGCAGCGAGGAAGGCAGCUCCCUGACCUACUCCUCCAUCUCUGACCACAUCCCUCCACCCCCGCUCAGCCCCCCACCGCCACCACCCCUGCCUUUCCAUGACCCCAAGCCCAGCUCCCGUGCCUCUGAUGGUCCCCGGGGACCCUCCCAGGCACUGGCCAAACCUCUCACCCAACACAAUCACCCAAUCCCACCACCUCCCCCACCACCUCUGCCCCCACCUGUUCCCUGUGCACCUCCCAUGCUGUCUCGAGGCCUGGGUCACAGACGAAGUGAGACCAGCCACAUGAGUGUCAAGCGCUUGCGGUGGGAGCAGGUGGAGAAUUCAGAAGGCACCAUCUGGGGUCAGCUUGGGGAGGACUCUGAUUAUGAUAAACUGAGUGACAUGGUGAAAUACCUUGACCUGGAACUCCACUUUGGCACCCAGAAACCUGCAAAGCCAGUUCCCCGGCCUGAACCCUUCAGGAAGAAGGAAGUGGUAGAGAUCCUGUCCCACAAGAAGGCCUACAACACCUCCAUCCUCCUGGCGCACCUGAAGCUGAGCCCCGCGGAGCUGCGGCAGGUGCUCAUGAGCAUGGAGCCCCGACGCCUGGAGCCCGCGCACUUGGCACAGCUGCUGCUCUUCGCACCCGACGCCGACGAGGAGCAGCGCUACCAGGCUUUCCGCGAGGCGCCCGGCCGCCUCAGUGAGCCUGACCAGUUCGUCCUGCAGAUGCUGUCUGUUCCCGAAUACAAGACCCGCCUGCGCAGCCUUCACUUCCAGGCCACCCUCCAAGAGAAGACCGAGGAGAUCCGAGGCAGCCUCGAGUGCUUACGACAGGCAUCCCUGGAGCUCAAAAACAGCCGGAAACUCGCCAAGAUAUUAGAGUUUGUCUUGGCCAUGGGCAACUAUCUCAACGAUGGACAACCCAAGACCAACAAGACCACCGGCUUCAAGAUUAACUUUCUAACGGAGCUGAACUCCACCAAGACAGUGGAUGGGAAGUCCACCUUCCUGCACAUCCUUGCCAAAUCGCUGAGCCAGCACUUCCCAGAACUCCUGGGCUUUGCUCAGGACCUGCCCACUGUGCCUCUAGCAGCCAAAGUGAACCAACGGGCCCUGACUGGUGACCUGGCUGACCUCCAUGGCACCAUAAGUGAGAUACAGAUGGCCUGCCAGAACAUGUCUCCAUCUAGUGAGGACAGGUUUGCUGUGGUCAUGACUUCCUUCCUGGAGACAGCCCAGCCUGCAUUGCGGGCCCUGGAUGGGCUUCAGCGCGAAGCUAUGGAGGAGCUGGGCAAGGCACUGGCCUUCUUUGGGGAAGAUUCCAAAGCCACGACAUCAGAGGCCUUCUUUGGCAUCUUUGCUGAGUUCAUGAGCAAGUUCGAGAGAGCGCUCAGCGACCUGCAGGCUGGCGAGGGCCCUCGCAGCUCCGGAAUGACUUCACCCCUAGCCUGGUGA